AUGGCUUCAAUUGUCUUGGCUUUCGUUCUAAGUUGUCUUAGCUUUCUACUAGUCCUUACCAAUGCACAAACACCUGCAGCUGCACCCUCUACUCUGCCAGCUGCAACGCCCCCACCUACCACCACACCAGCUGCCCCGGCUACUUUGCCAACUACAACUCCACCAACUUCUGCUGCAUCACCAACUGCAGCAACACCACCACCUGUAGCAGCAGCAACCCCACCCACAACCACACCUACGUCACCAUCCCCUAAGGUUGCACCAGCCACAAGCCCAACAGUCCCACCCCCACUACCACAAAGUCCACCUGUCUCAACUCCAUCACAGCCACCAGCACUGCCGCCACCAUCACCCGUUUCACCACCACCAUUGCCGCCUCCUGUACCAGCACCAAUUCAAGCACCACCAGCACCAGCUCCUGUUAAAGAGACACCAGCACCAGCACCAGCUAAGGUAGCACCAGUGCCCUCACCAUCAAAACCACCCCCAGCACCAGCUCCAGCACCAGUUCUUGUGCCACCAGCUGCAGCACCAGUGCUAGUUCCGUCAACUGCUCCUGCUCCACCCAAACACAGGAGGCACAAGCACAAGCACAGGAGGCAUCAUCAUGCACCAGCACCUGCACCAACUGUACUAAGCCCCCCAGCACCACCUACUACAGUGACAGAUACAGAGGAAACAACACCGGCACCAUCACCCAGUUUGAGUUUGAAUGGAGGAAAUGCACUGCACCAGAAAGGAGGGAUAUCGGGAAUGUGGGUUACAACUGGAUUAGCAAUUGCUAUACUGCUGGCAAUGAGAAGCUAA